AUUUUGAAAAAGAAAUUCUAAAUGGUGGCUGCAAAACCCAAAACCCUAUAGAUCUUCCCCCUACCGACGUGCUCCGGGCCAAAUCAGCGAGUGACUCGGGUCAAAAUCGUCGAAAAAUUGACCUGAGAGAAGAUGUUUGCGAGGCGGUUCACUUCUGUGUUCAAACGAUCUUCGACCUCAAGCUCCUCCGACAAAGCAGCGAAAGAAAAUGGGACAUUGGGGUCUUUUGGUCGGAAGGCAGUGUCUUUUGUCCUGAUUACAGUCACCGGUGGUGUUGCUUUGAGUGCCCUCGACGACCUUUCUAUCUAUCGCCGAUGUAGCAGCAAGGCCAUGGAGAAGGUGAUGAGGAACAAGGCUAUGAUCGAAGCCAUAGGAGAGCCAAUUGAGAAAGGGCCAUGGUACAAUGCCUCACUAGCUGUUUCUCAGCAAAGGCACUCAGUGUCUUGUUCCUUUCCUGUGGUUGGCCCACAAGGCACUGGAAUCCUGCAUCUCAAAGCUGUUCGCAAUGGAGAAGAUAGCUUGUUUGGGUUUCUACAGCAAAGGGAGUGGGACAUUCUCAUAAUGGACGCACUUGUCCACGUCCCUUCAGACGAUGGACCCCAACAAACCUUGAGAAUCGACAUCUCUGACUUUGCUCCUCCUUCGGCUGCUACAGACUACAAACCCUCCGAACCAGAAAAGCCAGGGACAAGCUAAGAAGAGAAAGAAUAGUAAGCUUUGUGGAGCUCCUGGCUAGAGUUUUAUUCCACUCCACAUGCCACCAGCAUACCUUGAAUUUUUUAUUUACUGCUAAUAAAACAAAAACACAUCCGUUUUUUUACUAUACAAUACAUGAUUGGUUAAAUCAUAGCACUGAUUUGAGCUAAA